AUGGCACCUACUUGGUCUAUUUCUUUAAGUUUGAUUGAUUUGAAAUUUUCAGGUAAUUUAUUGUGUAGAACUUGUGGGAAUGAGGUGACCCAGAUCUCUCAGUUGAUGGAGGUACCCAGUAAACUAGCUCAUCGACAGAGAAACGAUUCCUUUAUUGGUUCUGAAAGAAUUUUGAUUCAACUUUUUAAAAAUCCACAAGAAAAAUAUUUUGAAGUUGUAACUGCCAAGUCAGCAGAAAUUCACAAGCUGGAUCAUAAACCUACAUCAGAAGAUUCUUGGUUCCCUGGCUUCUCCUGGACCAUUGUAGUGUGCCCAAGAUGUGGAUCACAUAUAGGAUGGUUGUUUGAAGCAAAUCACAAACAUUCUCAUACAUCUCCUGUUACAUCUUUUUAUGGUCUCAUUCUAAAUCAUUUACUACUUGAUAAAGAUGCUGAUUCAAUAAUUGAGGUGCCGAAGGUCUACACCAGUUAAUUACAAAGGAAUGACUUGUGGACAGUAGAAUAUCGAUUUCCAACUGCAACAAUGUGUAUGAGUCUCUCAUCCUUUCCUGUGAUAAUUUGAACAGUGCUUCCAAAAACUUCUGUUGGUUCUUGUGUCAACUGAAUGACUGUGAGUUGAAGAUUAACUUUGUUUUGAUUUAAUGCAUGUUUUGGAAAAAUGACUUUGUCUCAUGUAUGUAUGCUGGAAUGGAUUAUGUGUGCUUGUGUUACAUAGUUGUGCCCAACGCUGGACUAAAUGUUCUUGGUGAUCCUUUUGGGAUGUGAUCCACAUACUGCAGAUGCUGUGCUAUGAAAAUAUGUGCUGUGUGAUGAUCUUUAUGAUGUGAUUCAGCCAGAAUGUGAUCCUCAUGUGAUGUGUAGUAGAUAAUAUGUGAUGUGUGAUGAUCCUUAUGAUGUGAUUCAGCCAGAAUGUGAUCCUCAUGUGAUGUGUAGUAGAUAAUAUGUGAUGUGUGAUGAUCCUUAUGAUAUGAUGUAUGACUGGUGCCUUAAAUGUUGAAAAUCUUCUUGAGAUCUUGUUUAAUUGGAUGCAAAACUAUUAUCAUUUGUCUGUUCAAGAGGUCUUGACUGUACUUUUGCUUAUGUAAGCUCUUGGAAGUGAUGUUGAGUUGAACAACCCAUUCACAGAGUUACAUCAUGUGUUUCGAGGAAUAUAAUUGUGCCUUAUCAAACUGUGCUGCAUUAAACUUAACCUACAAUAUUAAUUGUGCAAUAUUAUUUUCUUUUGGAAUAUAUUAUAAAGAUUACUUAUUAUUAAGUAUC